AAAAGGAAAAAACUUUUAAAAACAGUCCUGUGAACGCCUGUGCGCGUCCUUAAAGCGCGUGACCAGCGUCGCUGCUCGCUCUCGCAGAUGUUGGAGGGUCCAGAAGAGACAGCAGCAUCCUUUUCACAGAGCAGGAUUUCAGUCACAGGUGCUUUUCACCGCAGCAGUUUCUGCAGCUGGCAUUUGAAGAGUUUUUUUGUUACUGCAAAGACGCUGAAAUCCCGCGUCACCAGUGGAAGAAAAAUUUCCAACAAACACGGGGAUUAACGGGAUUUGUUGUUCCUCGAGAAUGUGUGGCAUGGACAUGGACCUGGAUGAUGGCAGCUCAGCUGAGGAGGAAAAAGAGGAUCUCUGGAUAGGGGACAGCAUCAAGAUGGUGCCCCCGCCAAUGGCCCAUAGCGGGGACAGCGUGUGGGGCGGGCGCAGGAGCAGGUGUGGCAGCGUGCUCUGCGGAGUGGCCAUAAUUCUGUGGAACAUGCUGGUGGUCACAGCCUGCGCUGUCUUGCUGCCUCUGGUCUUCUUUCUGAUGCUGCUGCCCGCAGUGCUGCUGUUGUAUGUGGGAUUUCUCUGCCACUCCAGGGUUCUUGAUGAUCCGUCUGGCAUCUGCUGUUACCUUGACGACAAUAGCUGCUCCGCCCUCAUCAUACUGGGAUUUGUGAUGAUGUCUCCGCUCGUGGUCAUGGCGUCUGUAGUGUUCUGUGGGCUGCUCCAAAGGUUUCAGAUUCUGCUUUUAAUUCAACCGAUCACUCGUGCCUGUUACCAAAGGAGGCUGCUGGACUGGGUGGGCAGCAUCGAUGACUGGGUCUGAUCCACAGGGAGGAGGAAGAGGAGGAGGAGGAGGAGGAGGUGCUGAGGGUCCACAUGACAUGU